AUGAAGGAGUCCUUUGAAGCAUUAGCUGUAGCCAUGACAAGGGGCCAAACGCAACUUCGUAUCACGAAUAACAGAACCUUCCCAAAAUUCAAUGGUGAAGUUAGCAACUUUGCAUCGUAUUGGAGAAGAUUUCGGCGAACAGUCGAUGAAAAUGAAGAUUUUGACACCUUAGAGAAGGUCAAUCGCCUCUACGAAGGAUUGUCGGGCGAUGCUCUUCGAGUUACCGAGGGAAUAGAUGCCACGGUAGCAAAUUACGAAACUUUGAAAUCCAUAUUAGUAGAAGAAUAUGGAUCAUACACCAAAAACAAGGUUGACAUGGUCAACAGUCUGCGUAAUCUGAGAAAGGCCUCAAACAAGGCUUCAGACUGUCUUCACGUUCUCAGGGAGAUCAAAAUCAUAUUGAGACGUCUGGAAAACGCCGGAAGUGUGAUAACUCCUGAGUUUUGCUUUUUGGAAGUAACCAACAAAUUCCCAUAUCACAUCGUUAAGAAAAUCUUGACCGAUAAAACCCAGAAUUGGAAAGUGGAUGAAAUCCUUGCAAAAAUAACAGAAGAAGUCAAAGCCUACAGCUGGAAGAAAAAACCGAAAGAGAUUUCUCCAGUACUGUAG